UUAUAAAAUCAAAUACUGAUAUCCCCAAAAAAAAAACAACAACAAAGAAGUGGGAACUAAAACAACAAAAUGGGUUCUCUGAAAAAGAAUGGCGGUGCGAUUCUGUCGAGGAUAGCGACCAGUAAUCAACACGGCGAAAACUCAGAGUAUUUUGAUGGAUGGAAAGCUUACGACAAAGAUCCUUUUCAUCAUUCUCGUAAUCCCCAUGGGAUUAUCCAAAUGGGUCUUGCAGAGAAUCAGCUUUGCGUAGAAUUGAUCAAAGAUUGGAUCAAAGAGAACCCAAAAGUUUCUAUUUGCACCCCUGAGGGUGUUCAUCAGUUUAGCGACAUCGCUAUUUUCCAAGACUACCAUGGCCUAAAAGAGUUUAGACAGGCAAUUGCACAUUUCAUGGGAAAAGCAAGAGGCGGAAGAGUGACGUUUGAUCCCGAGAGGAUUGUUAUGAGCGGUGGUGCCACCGGAGCCAAUGAAACAAUCAUGUUCUGUCUCGCCGAUCCUGGCGAUGUGUUUCUUGUUCCCUCUCCUUAUUACGCCGCAUUUGAUAGAGACUUGAGGUGGCGUACAGGUGUCGAGAUAAUCCCGGUUCAUUGUUCCAGUUCCAACAGUUUCAAAUUAACCGUCGAGGCCGUUGAAUGGGCCUACCAGAAAGCCCAAGAGUCCAACAAAAAAGUCAAAGGUCUAAUUUUGACCAACCCAUCAAAUCCGCUUGGUACAAUUUUAGACAAGGACACACUCAAGAACUUAGUCCGGUUCGUCACGAGGAAGAACAUUCACUUAGUCGUCGAUGAGAUCUACGCCGGUACGGUCUUCGCUGGAGAUAAUUUUGUGAGCGUCGCCGAAGUGGUCAACAACGUGGACAGUUCUGAAAUCGAUGUUGACUUGAUUCAUAUUGUCUAUAGUCUCUCCAAAGACAUGGGACUUCCAGGUUUUAGAGUCGGUAUUGUAUAUUCUUACAACGACUCGGUUGUGUCAUGCGCAAGAAAAAUGUCGAGUUUCGGACUAGUUUCGUCUCAAACACAGCUCAUGCUUGCUUCGAUGUUGUCGGAUGAUCAGUUCGUGGAAAAUUUCCUUAUGGAAAGCUCGAGAAGAUUAGGGAUAAGACAUGGAGUUUUAACCUCAGGUCUCAAGAAAGCAGGGAUCACUUGCUUGACAAGCAACGCAGGUCUAUUUGUGUGGAUGGAUCUGAGACAUCUACUAAUUGAUCGCAACUCGUUUGAAUCUGAGAUCGAGCUUUGGCAUAUAAUCAUUGACAAAGUGAAGCUUAACGUUUCGCCAGGCUCUUCAUUCCACUGCACGGAACCUGGAUGGUUUAGGGUUUGCUUUGCUAACAUGGGUGAUGAUACUCUAGACGUGGCGCUUCGACGAAUCCAAGAUUUUGUAUCCAAGAAAAACAAAUUGGCUGAGAAAUCAUCGGAUAAUGAUGAGAUAAUUCAGAACAACAGUGUUAAGAAGCAGAAAUGGAGGCAGAGCAACCUCCGACUAAGUUUCCGACGACUUUACGAGGAUGGACUCUCGUCGCCGGGGAUAAUGUCACCACAUUCACCUCUUCUUCGAGCAUGAAACCAUAAGACAUGGCGCUUACAAAAUCGUAUUAACUCAUUCUCGUUAGUCGUUUCAUCCCAAAUGUUAUGAAUUUUAAUUAGAAAUGCAUUAAGCGAAUGUCUUUUUUUUUUGUAAGAUUGGCGUAAUUUAACUUCAACAUUACUA